AUGCAUCAUCAUUUUUUGGUCGGAUCAUCCUUUACUGCCGCUGCCACCGUAACCGUAACACUUUUCCUCCUCGCGCUGCCCGACCGUCACCAGACUCGUGGUCAAAGUCAAAGCCAAAGCCACGUCUACAGGAGAAACCUAGUAGACCUAGCAGAACCCCCACCGCUCACCUUCUCCCCCAAGGACGGCACCUUUCAGAUAUCCGUCUUCGAGGACCUACACUUUGGCAAAAAUGCCUGGGAAGAAUGGGGUGCCUUCCAAGACUCUGCCACAGCGCGGGUGAUGAACACCGUCCUUGACGCCGAAGCUUCCACCGACCUUGUCGUGCUGAACGGCGAUUUGAUUUCCGGAGAAAACACCUACCGGGAAAACAGCACCCGCUACGUCGACCAGAUCGUGGAGCCCAUGGUGCGGAGGGGAAUGACCUGGGCGAGCACGUACGGGAAUCAUGAUACGGACUUUAACCUGUCCAGGACGGCGCUGUGGGAGGAGGAGAGGAAGUGGUUGGGCAGUAGGACGGGGAGGAUGGUUGAUCAUCCCGAGGCGGGUAUCAGUAAUUAUUAUCUGCCUGUUUAUCCUGCGGAGUGCGGGGGCCGGAACAUGAACCGACAACUACAAGACCAACAGGAAUCAUCACCGGCAUGCGAGUGCGAUACACCCUCCUUAAUCCUCUGGUUCUUCGACUCCCGCGGCGGCCGCGCCUACCAAUCCCACUACCCUGUCACGGGGCAACCUCUCGGCGAGCAAAACUGGGUCCACCACUCCGUAGUCGGCUGGUUCAAGACCACCAGGGCUUCCAUCAACGCCCCCUCCCUCACUGCCAACGAAAAAGUGAUCCUGUCCAUAGGCUUCGUGCACAUACCCACCGCCGCAUCACUGGCUUUUCAACGAUCGAAAGGGGGAGUAGACGCGAGUCGGCAGCCGGGGAUUAAUGAUAAUGUGCCGCUUUCGCCGCAGGGACAGGAGUGGUGUAAGGGUGCUAGUAGUGAUGAUGAUGGGGAGGAACAUAAUGGAGAGGCAAAGGAGGUGGAGGAGAAGGAGGGUUGUGACUACGGCGACCAAUACAUCCCAUUCAUGCAAGCCAUCGCUGCUGCUAGUCACGGAAUGAUGGCGCUGUUUUCGGGACACGAUCAUGGGAAUAGUUGGUGUUAUAAGUGGGAUGGGAAAAUUCCCGGUGCCCAGGUUAAACGGGACAUGGACCAGGCUGUUAUUACUGCCCCUGGGAACGAAGAACAACAACAAGAAGAAGAAGGAGAAGGGGAAGGAAAUGGACAGGGACAAAAGAGGGGAGUCAACCUCUGCUUCGGCCAACGCACCGGCUACGGAGGUUACGGCAGCUGGAUCCGCGGGUCGAGACAAAUUGUCGUUCAUCAAGAGGAGCUCGAGGAAUUUGUUAUCAGGACGCAUAUUCGGCUGGAGAACGGGGAGGUGGUAGGGGCGGUGACGCUGAAUGGGACGUAUGGGGAGGAUAGGUAUCCGGUUACGAGGAACGAGAGGACGCAUUUGGUGGAUUCGGCGUUGGAGGAUUUUUAG